AUGGCCUCGACGCUGAAUGAUUCGACCGCUGACGACGGUAACGUCGUGCGCAUCGCGCACAGCGCGCACAUUCCGGUGGGUCUGAGCUUCCUGCGCGACGCUGCGCUGGAGAUGGUGCCGGAGAGCGACCGUGCGGCGGUGGGAGACGUGAUCCGUAUGGUGCGAAGCCUAUUUCAUUACGGAGCGCUGGCGAAACGGGAUCGAAUCAAGCGAGACUUCGAUCUGGCGAACGUGGUGAAGGGUGAGGAACGAAGCGUUGGGUACGGGGAAGGGAUGCUCACGCCGACGAAUUUUGAGGCGGCGAGCGUGGAUUUCGUCGGGGAGUUUUGCGCGCUUAUGGCCGACGCUGAGUUCACGCUGCUGACGCAGCAGGAGUGGGAACUCGCAAGCGCGGAGGACUUCUUGUUCACGCUUCCGGUGCACGUCGACUGGGCGAGCCACGACGAGUCGCUCCUAAAGACGUUCUUGAGUAAGAAUCCGUCGCUCGCGAGCGGGUUGCCGCAGUUCAGCCAAAAGGCGCUGGUUUUCAAGCGCGGUUACGGCAUCGCCAAGGCGAAAGGGUUGUUCAUCAUGGAGAAGAUCGAGAUGUUGCUCAGCAUGCUCGUCAAGGAGCCGUUCUUGAAGUUGAUUGGUCAGUCAAAGCCGGUCUUCGUGAACGUGCGCGCGUCGAAGCAGAAAACGACGGAGUCGUCAGAGCCAGAGCGAAACGUGACGUCGUUCGAGCGUCUCACGCUUAGACGACUGAUGCCAAAUAUUUUCGUCCUGCUGCGUAAGCUCUUCUCGACGCUCGAGAUUCAGGAACCAACAUUCAAGGAGGUGGUGCUGCUUUAUCGCAUGGCCCAACCACGCCCGAACGAGCCCUCGGGCCCGUCCGGUGCCGGACCUCUUAUCAUCAAGUCGUUCACCAACAUCCCGAUGGCAGAUCUCGAGAUGAUCUUCCCCGACAAGACCAUGUCUGUGAAGCUGUCGGAGAUGAUCCAAAACGGUAUCGCCAUUGUUCUGGCGAUCGGCACGCUCAUCUGGGCGUUGAUCAAGGGCGAAGUCUGGACCAAGAAGAUGCAAACAAUUCUGCUUGCGUCGCUCGGUAAGCUUGGUCAGUCCUACACCGCCGUAAACGCCGCUAAGAUGCGCUAUUCCGGCAUGAUGGCGAAGGAACUCAUCGCAAAGAGCGCGAACUCUCAAGAUGGGAUGUUGAUGCACCUUCUGGAAUCGAUGGAGGAUCAAGAGUGCAAGGAAAUGGUUCUCGCGUUUGUCAUCCUGACCAUCCGAGGAAAAAGCAUGACGCUCAAGGAGAUUGACAUCGAGUGCGAGGUCUUCCUCAAGAAUGUCUUCGGCGUGGACGUCGACUUCGACGUCGAGGGUAGCAUCAUUAAACUCCUUCGAGAGGGUCUGGUCGAGCAGCGCGCCGGAGUGCUCUACGCCGCGACGCCGCUCAAGACGGCGCUCGCCCUCCUGGACAAUAAGUGGGACAAUCUUUUCGACUAUAACCUCGACGCCGUCGACACCGGUCGCACGAGCGCGCUCGACGGAUACAAAAACGCUCACCCUGACACGGUCGAGGCUAGUCUACGAGACGCACUCAAUGCGACAGAUAAAGAGCGAGCGAAAAUAGCGACCGAGCUCAAGGCUCAAAACGACGAGCUCACCAAGCAAGUUGGACAGCUCUCCAACUCCCUCAAGGGCUUUAACUGGCGCUAUACGUGA